UCAAAGAAAAAUCAGCUGACAGUGACACUUAAUUUGAUAUAAAUAUUUACACUUUUGAACUUUGUAUUUACUUCUGUUAUAAUUAUGUGCAUUAGAUUGAUUACUCCAAUAAGUAGACCCACAGUUAUUUGCAGUUUUCCUAGAAUAAUGGCAUUACGACAGUCUAGUGAUAUGUCAAAAUUUAAAGAGGUUUUGAAGUCCGCGAAAGAGAUUGUCAUUCUUUCUGGAGCCGGUAUUAGUGCAGAGUCUGGUAUUCCAACAUUUCGCGGUGCUGGAGGCUUUUGGAGAAAAUUCCAAGCAUCGGCUUUGGCUACACCAGGCGCAUUCAAGACCAGUCCCAGUUUAGUUUGGGAGUUCUAUCACUACAGACGAGAAGUGGCCUCUAAAGCGGAACCUAAUGCUGGUCACAAAGCCAUUGCUAAAUAUGAAGCAAAAUAUGGCAAAAUAAAGAAAAUUACUGUGAUUACCCAAAAUGUAGAUGGAUUACAUGGGAGGGCUGGGUCUAAAAAUUUAAUUGAACUCCAUGGUAAUCUAUUCAAAACCAGGUGUACUAAAUGUAAUGAGGUGGUAACUAACCUUAACAACCCCAUCUGUGAGGCACUAGCAGGCAGAGGCGCUCCCGAUGAGAAUGUGGCUGGAUCAGAUAUUCCAGAACAAGCACUGCCACACUGCAGGAGGCACAGUUGUCGCGCACUACUCCGUCCACACAUUGUCUGGUUUGGAGAGAACUUAGACUAUGAGGUCUUGCAAAGAGCUGAGGCAGCCAUAUCAACCUGUGAUUUAUGUCUAGUGGUGGGUACAUCAUCAAUUGUGUACCCAGCAGCCAUGUUUGCACCACAAGCGGCAGACCGAGGGGCAAUUGUAGCAGAGUUCAACAUAGAACCUACACCCGCCACACCAAACUUCCAUUUCUACUUCCAAGGACCUUGUGGCACAACAUUACCUGUUGCUCUAUCAGAUUAGGACAACAUACAAUCUUGACAACAUGUUUCGACUCGACUAGAUUACCUGGUAAAUGUAUUGAGUU